AUGUGGAGGUCAUUACGCCAUUGUCUUUGGCUGGCCGUCUUCACGGCGGCCUCCCACGCCGCUGCUGAUGUACUGCAGUUCACAAAUGUGACCGCUGGCCAUCCAGUGAAACUAGGGACGGAACUUCGAAUUCUUUGCGUUGGAGACUCGAUCACCGUAGGGUAUCGAAGUGAUCAAGAUGGUGGUGACGGCAACGGUUAUCGACUUCAACUUCGUGAUAACUUGUAUAAGGACAACGUGACUUUUGCGGGGAGCGAGACGGAUGAUGGAGUAAUGAUUGGAGGAUAUUUCGCUGCGUGGUCUGGGAAAACCAUUCAAUAUAUGGCCGACCAUAUCGGGCCUUCCUUGGAACAACGUCCGAACAUCGUACUUAUCCAUGCUGGGACCAAUGAUAUGAACCCAAACCCAUCGAUUUCCACAGAGGGGAAUGAUCCGAAUGGUGCCGCGCAACGCCUAGGAUCAUUGAUUGACCAAGUACUCCAAGCAUGCCCGGAUGCUACGAUUCUUGUGGCCAUGAUUAUCAACACCUGCGUCGCAAAUCAAGAACCCCAGACACAAGUAUACCAGGGCUUGAUUCCGAAUAUCGUGCAACAGCGUAGCGACAAUGGGUCGCACGUGCUCGCAGUCAAUUUCACAUCCUUUCCGAACAGCAGUCUGCAUUCCGAUGAUUGCAUACACCCGAACAACGCCGGUUACCAGGUUUUCGGUGACUAUUGGUAUGAUUUUAUCACUCAGAUUCCGAGUGACUGGAUCAAUGCACCAGUCGGGCCUGAUCCAAAUCGCACAGAUGGGGUCUAUGCCAAUGGAGGGCUGGACAAUGGCAUCCCGUCUCCUGAUAUCGGAACAAGCCCUGUUCAAGUUACUCCAAGUGAGAAUAUCACGUCGGCUGUAACAGUUGCGUUACAGAAUGGGCAGGCUAGUUGUAAUGCUACCCCUGUCUGGACGGCUACAGGGGAAAUCUUUCCAGGAGGUGUUGGGUCCAAUGGCGAUUGGAAGUACCACACAAACUGGACUGAGUCCGAAAAGGUUGCUGCUGGGCUUGGUCUAGAUCGUCAUUAUGUUGGACUGUAUGACAUGGAUGGCGAUGGAAAAGUCGAUUAUGUAUGGCUCGACCCGAUGACUGGAGAGAUCACAUGUUGGUUGAAUCGGCUCCCUGAUCCAUGGACUCCAGCUGGAAGCAACGGGGGUAUUAUUGGAAGCGGAGCAGGAGCAGAAAACUCGGUCUUUAUUGCUGAUAUGAAUGGCGAUGGGCUUGCAGACUAUAUGGUCGUAGACCCAAAUAGCGGCUCAGUCUCUAUCUGGUGGAAUCACGGACCGGACAACAGUUGGGAUAACGGAUGGAAGUUUGUCGGAGGGGGGCAGAUUGCCUCUGGAGUUUCUCACGCUAAUUGGGUAACGCUACGAUUUGCGGAUAUCAAUGGUGAUGGAAGAUCAGACUAUGUCUAUAUUGGUGAAGGAGGUGCUGUGAAACAUUUUAUGAAUACUGGAACGGUGGGAGGACAAGAUGUGCUUUUUGCCGAGCAAGGGGGGAUUUUCGAAGGUGCUACAUCUAACAUAUCGGACAUUGUGUUUGCUGAUCUCAAUGGGGAUGGUCGCGAUGACUAUCUGAUCUGGGAUGUUGAUGGUGGCCUUACGGGGUUCCUGAAUCAACCUACACAGAACGAAGGAGUACCUCAGUUUAUUGACCAAGGGGGCCCAAAAUCACUUGCUGAGGGCGACUCGCAGGACCCGGCUUUUCUUAGGCUAGCCGAUAUGGACGGGUUAGUAACAAUCAUAUCAAUCCUUUCCGACGAAAUGAAAAACAACAUUUGUAUAUUAAUCGAGUCCCGAUUUAGUGACGGCAAGGAUGAUUACGUCUACAUAGAUGAAAAUGGCGGUCUCUGGGUGUCGUAUAACCGUGGGACAGGUGACACGAGUCUUCUGAUGGACGGUCUCCGCUUUGCCGAUAUUGAUGGUGACGGGCAAGACGACUAUGUUUGGCUUGACCCAACCACGGGAGCUCCGACUGUGUACAUAAACAAUGGCCCUGAAUCUUCCGAUUCUCUCGGAUGGUCAUGGAAACCGUUGAAUAUCAGUAACCCUGUUGGCACUGACUCCGUUGUAGCUUCGCAAGUUCAUUUUGGAGAUAUAGAUGGUGAUGGAAAAGAUGACUAUAUUGUUCUCGACCCAGAAUCAGGAGCGGUGACAGCGUAUCUAAAUCUCGGUUCAAAUAGAGACACACGAUGGAAUUCCACUGGUUUGAUUGGAACUGGUUUAGGCCCUGGAGUAAACGUUCGGUUUGCUGACAUUGACGGCGAUGGAUACGAUGAUUAUAUCUAUCUCCACUCAAAUGGUAGCACGACUAUCUAUCGGAACACCUACGCACCUGACACACCGUCUACUGAUUGGAAAGCAUUGCCCGAAGCAGACGCUGCUGGUAUUGGCCAGCGAGCCGAAGAAAUUGAUUUCUACGAUAUAAACAACGACGGAAAAGCGGACUAUGUGUGGACGAGCGCUGUCAAUGGAUCCAUACAGGUUCUUUUCAAUAAUUACCCAAAUCAGCCUUCCUGGCUUGACCAGGGAAUAGUAGCUGAUGGAGUUGGCACCUCUGGGUCAUGCAUACGGUAUGGCGUGCUCCUGAACUCGACUUAUCCGGAUUAUAUUAUUGUCAACCCGCAGAAUGGGACUAUUGCUGCUCGGUUGAAUAGUUGUGAUGCUCAAAAUAUUGGCCCAAAGGCACAAAAGGGGCAGCACUAAUGAGGAGUUUUGGCUAUCUAAGUUGACGUGACAACA